CGCCUGCCAAGAACACUCACCACCUCCCCCUCUCCCAGAACUCAACUUUCGCAGCACAGACGCACAAGCACCUGGCUGUUACUCUCUGUAUACUAUAGUCUGGAGCUCUCUAGUUCUCGUUCUCUCGUCCUUCCCGAUCUACGUGGGCGACUGCUGUGCCUACGAGGAUCUUCCGUUACGUUAAUCUAGAGCGAAAGAAAGCACACCUGCCCUAUCUACAAUCACGGCCGAAAUCACAAUGAACUUCCUCUUCCGCAACCUCAACUCCCUCGUCUUCGGCGGCCAAUCCACCUCCUCCUCCACCCUCGUCGAGAUUCCCUCCGGCCAGCUCUACUCCCUUUCCCUAAACAGCGCACGCACCCUCAUCUUCCGCGACGCCGCAGCCAGUAUCCGUCGCACCGCCACCCUCCACAAUUUCCAGCUCGUCGUCACCCGCGUUUACGAUGAAGACGAAGUCGACGAUGAUGACGACGACGAGAAAGAGCUGAAUGAAGAUGAUGAAAAGACGUUCUUGUUGGACGCCCAACUCCGGUUCAACCGGGUCCGAACAAAAGGCGGCUCGCACUCGUUUUUCUGGGCGGACCCGCAGGAUUUUAGUGGGGCCAAGGGGUGGGAGUUUGUGAUUGAUGAAGGGGUGCAGGAGUUGACGAUGAGCUUGUUUGAGGAUACGGCCUAUACGUGCAUGUUUGAGAGAGCAAUGGGGGCUGAUCAUGGGAAAUUUAGUGAUCAGCAGCUGGCGGAGUUUGUGGAGAGGAUAAAGAGGGAUGCGAGGGAGAAGGUGGUGGGGAGGGCCGCUGCGAAGACGCCAGUUAGGCCCGCAGGAUCUUCGGUGGCGGGCUCCUCACUGCAUACCCCACAAUCCACCUCCAAAAGGUCUGUCCCCACCACUCCCACCCCCGCCGCACAAUCGCCCAGCACCCCCCAAUUCAGGAACGGUAAAUCCCCCGCGCGCACGCUCGCAUCCAUCCCCAAAGGCGAAGAACUCCUAUCCGUCCCCGUGCAACUCUACCUCUACGAUCUCCGCGUACAGCAGUUCAUGCUAGUGAAUGACCAAGCCAUCGCGGAAAUCACCGAGAUCGGCGAGUGGAAAUUCCAGCUGGUUGUCAAAUCCGGCGACCACGUCUAUCUCUGCCAGCCCAUCGAGGAAGGCAUGUCGCCCACCUUCAACGCGGAGCACCAUACGUUCAUCUUCAAUUAUUUGGAUGAAACGACCGGCGUGCCGAUCUACACGUGGUCGUUGAAGUUUGCGACGGUGGCGAAUGAGGGCGAGUUCAAGGAGAUGGUUACGGAGUGCGUGUACGAAGUCAAGAACAAGGAGCUGUUUAGGAAGAUGAAGAAGGAUGAGCAGGUGUAUUUGAUGCAGUUGUACGACGAUGAUCCGAUGGAGAUUGAUGAGCGGGAGGAGUUGCAGGGUGAUGAGGGGGAGGAUGAAGAGUGGGAAGAAGAGGAGACCGCUCCCGCCAAAUUGCACUCGUCACGCGAUGAUGACGACGAUGAAGCCUCUGACGACGAGUCCGGCCAGAGAUCAUACAAGGAAGCCACGACAGGGAGCAAGAACAGCCAGCUUGCGGUGGGUUACCGCCACGACCGCUCCUUCGUCGUCCGCGGGGACAAGAUCGGCGUGUUCAAGCACACCGCGGACGACGGGCUCGAAUUCGCCACGGCCAUCAACAACGUGCGCACCCUCGACGGACAGAUGUUCUCACCCCGUAAAGUGAUGCUGCACCAGCAGGACGCGGCGAUGGUGAUGAUGAAACCGGGCGACGAGAACAAGCUGUACAAGAUGGAUCUGGAGGCGGGCAAAGUCGUGGAGGAGUGGAAGGUCGAUGAUGAACGUAAAGUGGAGGAUUUCGUCCCCGAUCAGAAGUACUCGCAGUUGACGACCAACCAGACGCUCGUCGGCAUUGGACACAACUCGAUCUUCCGCAUCGACCCGCGUUUGCAGGGUAAUAAGUUGGUUGAAUCCGAGUCCAACCAAUACGCGACAAAGAACGCCUUCACAUGCGCCGCGACGACGGGCAAAGGCGAACUAGCGGUCGCUUCAGCAAAAGGCGAGAUCAGACUCUACAACAAACUCAACAUGCGCGCCAAAACCCACCUCCCCGGAACCGGCGACGCCAUCAUCGGCAUCGACACCACCGAGAACGGAAAAUGGAUCAUCGCCACCUGCCGCACGCACCUCCUCCUCAUCAACUCGGAAAUGGCCGGCGGAACCCUCGGCUUCCAAAAAUCCAUGGGCGCGCAUAAACCCCAACUCAAGCGCCUCCAACUCAAACCGGAACACGUCACCUGGCUCGGCGGUGCCGUGCAAUUCACACCCGCGCGGUUUAGCACGGGCGAGAGCGAGGAGUUGGCGAUCAUCACCUCGAGUGGACCCAAUGUGAUCCGAUGGAACUUCAGGAGGGUGAAGGCCGGCCAUCUGUAUGAUUAUACGAUCAAGCAGUAUAAGGAUACGGUUGUGGCGGAUAAUUUUAAGUAUGGGGAGGAUCGCGCGAUGAUUGUCGCGUUGCCCAGCGAGGUGGAGAUGAUUACGAAGAAAACAUUGUCGACACCCGCAAAGCUCCUCAAGAGCAGGUUGAGUAUUGUUAACUCGCCGUAUUAAUGUAGUCGACCCCCCCCCCCCCCCCCCCC